UAUUCGAACAGGCGCACUUAUUGCAUUUCAUCUGGGAAGUAUUUUGUACAGAGUGUGUGUGUGUGUUGCCGCUACAAUUGAAUGUAGAGGUUUCCGCAUGAUGGAAAGAGUGGCAGAACUCACGAACACUGCGGCUUCAGCUAUGCCGGAGUGUCGGAACGAGGAAGAUUGCAGCCAAGAUGGUUGGUGUACUCCACCAAUGAAUGUUGAUUCUCCGGAAAUCUGCAAAUCGAUCGAGAAUACUCUGAAAGAAGAAAUGAGCUCGCAAGAUCCAACGCGUUCCCCGGAUGUGAACCUGGAUCUCUCGGACUCAAAUUCUCAAGAUUCGAAAGACAUCUACAACCUUCUUUCUGGAACGGAGAUCACGAAGAACGCAGAAAGCCGUCGAUCUUCAAGUGGAAUCACGCCGCCUCCUCCCUCUCCGAUGCAUCUUCCUUCCACGUCAUCGUCAUCUGGUGGUUCUCGGAACUUGAUAAAGGAGAAAUCAUCCUCCAUUGAAGAUCGCACACCGGUUUUUUCGAAGAGAAGCUCGAAUGACGAAAAUGUUUGCGUCAUUCAAGAACCUCACGAUGGUUCACCGUUGCUUUCGAAUCGAAGUCCACAUCGAUCUAUAUCUACUCCAACAAGUUCAAUCAAUCAAGGAAUUUCAGUCAGUGCAUCCUCUACGGAGCAAAAGAAGUCUGUUUCGAGAAACAAGGAUUUAGAUUCUGUCACCCCUCCGAUGGAGCUAACCGCACUCAAGGGAUCAGAUUCACGAGUUUCGUCCGGUGUUAGUGUUGGCUCAUCUGUGGAGAAGAAAUCACGAAAAGGGGCCUGGUACAAUCGAUUCAGUGCCAGUUACAAAACCAAAACGGAGUCAUUUCGUAGGCUCUUCAAUCUCCCGAACGACGAACGUUUGCUUGUUGAUUAUUCGUGCGCUCUGCAACGGGACAUUUUGCUUCAAGGAAGAAUGUACAUAUCGCAAAAUUAUGUUUGUUUCUAUGCGAACAUUUUCAGAUGGGAAACGAUUGUGUGUAUCCGUUGUAAGGAUAUUACGACAGUUACCAGGGAGAAAACCGCUCGUGUGAUUCCAAACGCCAUCCAAAUUGCAACGACUUUGGAAAAGUAUUUCUUCACUUCUUUUGCUGCCAGAGAGAAGACGUAUACCAUGAUCUUUCGCGUUUGGCAAAACGCCUUAAUGGAGAAACCAAUGACUAGUCAAGAAUUGUGGAACCUUGUACAUCGUGCAUACGGCGAUGAACUUGGCCUCACAAGCGAUGAUGAUGACUACGUUGCGCCUGUCGCACUUGAAGAACUCCAGGCGUUGGCGAGGUUGGAAGAAAUGCGGGCUGCUGAAGCCGCCGCGGAACAACUGGACCUGAAGGCUUCGGAAAGGCAAGAGGACUUCGCGGAGAUUCCGGAAGAUAAUCAAGACUGUUUCGAAAAGGUUGCCCGAGAAAUGGGUUUGCGAGGUGCUGGCGGAGAUGCGGAAAGUUCCAAGAAGUGGCGAACCGUGAAAUGGAGUCCGGAAUCCACUGAUGGCAAGCUGAUGUCCAAGCAAGCGAAGAAGUUGGUCCGACAGCCCAUCUCGGAAUCGACGGAUUCUGAAGGGACUAAAUCGGAGAACGAUACUGCUGUGAUAAGUGAACCCGUGAAAUGUACGGAGACCCAAGGCCACGCGGACAAAGUUCUUGUCGAUGUUCUUCUUCCGGUCAACGUAGAUCAAGCGUUCACGUACCUUUUCACGUCGUCUGAAUUUUAUUUCGACUUUUUAGCAUCAAAGAAAACAUUCGAUAUCGUUUUGGGAGCGUGGGAAGAAGGUGCUAAGAAGGGGGAAAAGGAACGAUCGACGAGCUUCAAAGUUCCGGUGGUUACUCCGAUGGGACCACGGGUUUCGCACGUGACACAGAAACAAACAAUGAUCUCUUGCAGUAAACCUGGGCAUUUGUACAGCAUCAAUUUGGAGGUGGUGAACGGUGACAUUCCGUACGGCGACUCAUUCUACCUACUGCUGCACUUUUGCUUUUCUAAAGUCAGCGUCAAUGAGUGUCGGUGGUUGAUUACCGCGCAAAUUAAAUUUCGCAAGUCUGUGUGGGGUUUUAUACGAGGUUUCAUCGAGAAAAACUCAUGGGUAGGAAUGCAGGAAUACUACGAAGAACUGAAAAUGGCCAUGCUGAGAGUUUGCACGGAAACCAGAACGGGAAUCGCUCGGAAUCGUAGUAUUACGAAGUCUAGAUUAGUUUUGGCAAAGAAAACUGUGGGUUCGGGCGACGGUAACGAAUCUGGAGAUGAGUCUGCCAGUUUCCUGCGGAAAGGCUCUGUUGUUUCUGGGCUCGGGCCGGGUUUGCCGGAUCGAAGUUUGGAGGUCGUACCGGAUGCGGAGGUGUCAACUUUGGUGGCUCGUUCUCCGGACCUCAGCCCGUACACUGCAGUUCCUUCGCCAGGGUUUUUGCGCGUCAUUCUCGUAGUUCUCUUGUCUCUCAUGGUUUGCAACGUGCUGCUGUUCAACCGUCUAUGGGCCUUGGAGCGAAAUUUGACAGCGGACCGGACAAAUGGAGUUUUCGCGAGAUUCGUCAUUCCGGAUUUUUGUGAGCCUCUUGAAGAUUCUGAUGAAGUUUUGCGGCUGUUCCGCGAGCAAGAGAAAUCGCAUUUGGAGGAAGUUGCGCAUUGGAGGAUUGUGAUUUCGAAUUCCGCUGCACUUCUGAAAGAAGUUGAAGGUUCUCUGACAUCAUUGCAGGAGCGUCUGGUCCAUCAUCCGCAAAAAAUGCGGCGAACUGCGGAUCGGCUGCAGUGGUUGAUGGCGAACGUUGUCGAGCCAGAAAUCAGCGUUGAAGACGACAACGAGUCUGAUGAGUUGCGGUGAAUGUGCACAAAAUGAGUCCCGCUUUCGGGUUAGGGGGUAAACGCGCUUUAGGAGCUGUGGGAACGUGAAUACAUAUUUUUUUCUAGAAUGGGGAAGAUGAGAGAAAGGAAAAAAGGUGAUUUGUCUUGAGUAUUUCGUCUUUGUUGGCGUUUGACGUGGCGGAAAAGUCAUUGGCGCUCCCGUGUGACUGAUUGUGAGAGGACAAAGAAAUUUUAUGUGAUAUUUCAAAACGAAGGGAGUGGCAUCUCAGUUUUAUUACAGCAGUUUUCGUCGGGUGGUAAUAAGGAGUAUUGUUGGAAGGAUAUUGGUUGGAAAUUAUUUUUCAUAGAGCGUCUCAAACUUGGGAUACGUAGCUGUUGUAAGAAAGUUUGCUGAUGAGAAAGGAUCAGGGAAACGACCCUCCUUUGCUUUUUUUUUUAUUAUUUUAGGAGGAAACAAAGUGCGUAUCAUUGAUUCGAAUUGCUGUUAUGUUCAGGUCGUCGCGGAAGUUUUAAUCGUAUUCUUCUGCAUAUGCUGAGGUGAUGGUUGCAUUUCUAGUUUGAUCGCUGGCCCCUUGUUAUAAGCUUGAUCUAACUGUUCUUGUGACCCAAUACAAUUUUCCCAGGAAACCAAAGGUA